AUGUGUGGUAUUUGCUGUGUUGUUACCUUGUGCAGCCAGCGUGCGAUUCCUGAUUUCCUCAGUGAAGACAUCCUCUGCCAUCUGAGAAGAAGAGGACCAGACAGUAGCCAACAGUUGAUAAAAACUGUGCCUGAUCUCUCUUAUGAAUGUCUGUUUUCAGGCCAUGUACUUCACUUGAGGGGACUGGUGACUCCUCAGCCUCUGGAAGAUGCCAGUAACAAUGUUUUUCUUUGGAAUGGAGAAAUUUUCAGUGGAGUGCAUGUAGGAAGUCUAGAGAAUGACACUGAAGUAAUGUUUCGUCAUCUGGCUUUAUGCAGCAGUGAAAUGGACAUUCUGUCACUCUUCUCAUCACUUCAGGGUCCCUGGUCUUUUAUUUAUUAUGAAGCAGCCAGACACAGUUUAUGGUUUGGCAGAGAUUACUUUGGUCGUCGUAGUUUGCUCUGGCAGUUCAGUGAGGUUGACAGCACUUUCUGUCUCACAUCUGUAAGUGCUUGUUCUGAAUCAGGCAACCAAUGGCAAGAAGUCCCAGCGUCUGGAAUUUUCAAAAUUGAUCUCAAAGCUUGUGCAGCAACUAAAUCUUUGUCUUUAACAUUGUUUCCAUGGAAGUACAGCUGCAGAGAGAAAGCAGUAGAAGAAACAUGCAUUAAUGUUCUUGACCAAGUGUCAAAAGACUUACCCAACCACAUACAUCUCAUGGUCAGUGAAUCAAAGCUGUGUCUUAGAGCACCAGUUAUCCCCUUAAAUAAAACAGUUUCUAAAGCUUCAGGUGCAUCUCCAGGCUCUAAUUUUAGCAACAUUAACUGUGUGGUUUCUGUAGAAACCCUUCGAGAAUUUCUUGCAGAGGAACACAAGAAAAAAUUAGCCUGUCAGUUUAUUGAUGUUUUAAAUGAAGCAGUCAAGAGACGAGUCCUGUGUCUCUUCAGAGAUCCAGAUCACAUAACAAGUGAAGUUCCAAACAUGUCCCAUAAGAAAGCACAUAUUGCAGUGCUCUUUUCUGGUGGCAUUGAUUCUAUGGUUAUUGCAGCCCUGGCUGAUAAACAUGUGCCUUUGGAAGAGCCAAUUGAUCUUCUUAAUGUAGCUUUCAUGAUGAAAGAGCAAACUAAGCACAGGGGUACCACUAAAAGACAUACCAGCCAUGAAGUACAGCUUGAUUUGCUGUGUCCUCAAGAAAGCUGUCAGGAUCUUGCUGCUGACACUGGUACUCAUUCAUCUUGCUUUGAUGUUCCUGACAGAAUCACUGGUAGGGCAGGACUGAAGGAAUUAGAAGCCAUUAACCCUUCAAGAACCUGGAACUUUGUGGAAAUUAAUGUUACACUAGAGGAAUUGAAAAAAAUGAGAAAACAGCGUAUUAAUCACUUAAUCUAUCCACUGGAUACAGUCUUGGAUGACAGUAUAGGCUGUGCAAUUUGGUUUGCUUCCAGAGGAGAGGGCUUCAUUAGUAACCAAGGAGAACUGAAACCAUAUAAAAGUCCUGCAAAGGUUGUGCUUACUGGAAUUGGAGCAGAUGAGCAGCUUGCUGGGUAUUCUCGACAUCGUGUUUGCUUCACAAAAGAUGGUUUAGAGGGCCUUAAUAAAGAACUUGAAAUGGAGUUAGGGCGCAUUUCUUCUCGAAAUCUCGGCAGAGAUGACAGGAUCAUCGGCGAUCACGGAAAAGAAGCCAGGUUUCCUUUUCUUGAUGAAGAUGUUGUCUCAUUCCUCAAUUCUUUGCCCGUCUCAGAAAAAGCUGAUUUGACUUUACCUCGAGGAAUUGGCGAGAAACUGAUUCUGCGCCUUGCAGCCAAGGAGCUGGGCCUGACAGCCUCCACUGUUUUGCCAAAAAGGGCAGUACAGUUUGGAUCUCGGAUUGCAAAACUAGAGAGCAACAGUGAAAAAGCAUCUGACACAUGCAGCAGGCUGAAGUUACUUUCAGUAGAUGAAUUAUAGAGCUGUAUCUGGAGAUGUUGCAUUUAUUCUAUACACAGACCCGCAGUGAGGACACAGACUGGGAAUGAGCAGUGCCUUACCUUGGCUCGUAGCGGAUGCCAGCAGCACUGGGAAGAACCCCCAGCCCUGCACGUAACCUCUCAAUGCCAUUCCUGAGCAACAAAGCAAUGACACAAAAACGUGCGUCACAACUCUGCGUACCAGCACAUCGUUCAGUCAGCACAAAAGGAGCUUCUUGACUCUCAUGUCAACUUUGCAUGUGCUCCUGUAAUAUGUGUUAAAGAGAAACAACUCUUACCAUGCAAUCAUAACGCCAUUGUCAGUGCAGAGCCUUGGAGGAGGACACAGUAAAGCAAAAUUGUUUGCAUCUGCCAGAUUCUGUAGAGCUUUUCGGUAAUACUGAUUACUUGCAACUCCUCCUGAUACAACCUGACAGCAUUUCAAAAAGAAAAAAAGGCAUUAACUCAAAAGUACUUAUGGGUCACACACAACUAGCGUCGUGUUUAGAAAAGGGUUAUCAGUUGAAGUUCUGAAGACAGCAAUAAAUGCUGCAUUUAAGAUUAAAACCUAUCAGAAAAGAGUAUGCUAAGUGAGCUUAUUAUGCAAAAAGACAUUCCUAAAGCACGUCUGUCUAAUGGAAGGUGUCCCUGCCCAUGGCAGGUGGGUUGGAACUGGAUGAUCUUUAAGGUCCUUUCCAAGCUAAACCAGUCUAUGGUUCUACUGUAAAUCAAGUAUUCGGCAGCACAAGGGCAAGUUGUUAUGGAAGGUUAGAUUAGAUGGUUAGAAAAUCUCUAGCUUGAAACCCAGGUAAAUAUUUAUUAUUCCAUUACUUUAAUAUUGUUGGUAUUUUAACAAUAUAAUACAUACAUCUUCCUCAUAUGCCAAAGGUAGAAUGUACAACAAGGCAUCUGCCUCUUCAAAUGAUGUUAACAGAGUCAGAUAUAAAAAGGAGAAAAAAAGUAUACCCACCAAAGUGGCAUUUUUUGAUGGUAAUAUGCUGUUUUUGACGCAGAAGAGCAUGGCUCGGUACGUCCUCUGGAUAAUAUGAACAGCCACUGCGUGCUGUACAGCAGCAGCAACAUCCUUAACACAGGACAGGAUCUCACCUUCCUGAAUACCUACAAAAGUGUAUCAUCAAAGGGGGCUCCUGAGUGUAGGUCAUCAACAGCUCAGUUUGUAUCUGACU